AUGAGCACCUUUCGAGAGGAAAUUGUCAUCGAUAUCGACCACGAAACCGUAAACCUGCACCCAGAUUCCAUUAAAGAAUAUCAUGAAAAAAAAGAUCAUUUGUCCUUGAAGAAAGCAUUACAAACAGCCAUUACCGCCACCACUAAGUAUGAUGUCAGUGCCAGCAUCUUUGCACCAUCUACAUCGUUGACUCCAGUCGAAAGAUGGUUUUACAAGUUAAUACCACCACUGAGAAAUCUGGCUGUCAAAAAUCAUUUCGGAAAUUUUGUGAUCGAACGUGAGACAAGAGAAAAGGUGUGGGAGAUGAUGCCGGUAUAUGCGAGGAUCGGAAUGCAUUUGUUGUUUUUCGGAAGAGUGGAGGAAAAAGUCGUGGAAGCAUCCGUGAUCCGUGAAUUGUUUGAAAUAGAGUCAGAGCGCCAAGGAAAAUAUUUUGAUUCUCCGCAUUCCGUUAGAAACAUUCCCGGGUUCAUCAAGCAUUACAAUCUCAAUACUGAAGAAUUGUUGGAACCCGAUAUUAGCAAAUACGAAACUUUCAACGAAUUCUUUUACAGGAAACUGAAACCAGGCGCACGGAUAAUUUCAGAACCCGAAAACGGCAAUGUGAUAGUCUCGGCCGCUGAUUCCAGACUCAUGGUCUUUCGAGAUAUCGAUCUUGCCACAAAAUACUGGAUCAAGGGAAAACAUUUUACGGUCGCGGAACUUCUCAAGGACGAAGAGCUGGCCAGAGAAUUUGACGAAGGUUCCAUCGCCAUCUUCCGCUUGGCGCCACAGGAUUAUCACCGAUUUCACUCGCCAAUCACAGGUGUUGUAGGCUCGGUUAAAUUUGUGAGCGGAACCUAUUUCACAGUUAAUCCGAUGGCGAUCAACGAAGAGCUCGAUGUAUUCACGGAAAACGUUCGUUCUGUGGUGGCAUUACAUCCGUCUGCACCCGGAGCAUCCAAGGUUGUGUUUGUCUCCAUCGGCGCUCUUCUGGUAGGCUCCAUUCGAUAUACGGUGAAAGAAGGAGAUAAGGUAUCCAAGGGAGAUGAAUUGGGUUAUUUCGCCUAUGGCGGGAGUACAAUCAUAUGCUUGUGGCAAAAGGGAAAAGUGAAAUUCGACGACGACCUCGCGUCAAAUUCCUUGCAAAGUCUUGAGACCCUGGUCAGGGGUCCGCUUGCUAGAGUGUGGUUGGCGGCACACUGGGAACGAAAACUGAGCAAGACUCAAUUUUUGCAGACAAACAUUCAGUUCUCCGUAGGAGCUAUCCUUAAACAAGACCAGCAACCAAUGGCCUUGAGAUUAUCGGGACAACUAUUACUAGGCGUCGUUCGCAUAUAUUCAAGAAAAGCGAAAUAUUUACUAGAAGAUUGCACCGAGGCCCUUAACAAGAUCAAAUUGGCAUUUAGACAAGGUGAAGUUGAUAUACCCGAAGAUCAACGAAUCGCCAAUUUUGAGUCCAUCACAUUACCCGAUAAAAUCACAGAGUUCGAUAUUUUGCUACCAGAUCCUGGCCUAAGUCUCAAACAAUGGACUGAAGUGAGUUCGGUUACCGCAACGAGCUCCAAUAUCUCUCGACCACAAGACAUAACCAUUAGGGAUGAUUUCGAUAUUUCAUUAAAUUUAAAUAUUGGAGAAGAUUUACUAGGAGAAGCUUUCGACACGGAGGAUGGAAGAGGUCUCGACUUGGAUCUGGAAGACGACCUGGAUCCGAAGGCGACUGGGUCAGAUGAUAGUCAUGCUGGCGAAGAAGGCUCGGUGGAUAUUGAAAUUGCAAGAGAGGCUCCGCUAGACAUUCCAAUUUCCAUGGAAGAUGUUAUUGGUAAAGGCAUGGAGGACGAUCCGCUGAUGAUGACCGAUGGCGGUCCCGACCUUGACCUCUUACUUGACGAAACAUUAGAUUCGCCAGUGGUGGACAACGAUGUGCCAAUGUUAGACAAUGAUGUGCCGACAUUGGAGGAUGACGUGCCAAUGUUGGAUAACGAUGUUCCGGUGUUGGAUAAUGGUGUACCAACACUAGAGAGAGAAUCCGAGAUAAGGGCGGAAAUAGAAUCGAGCUUCGACAACGGCUUAAAUUUAGAUACGAAUGCCAGCGCGGAUAUGAAUAUCGAUCCGGCUAGUUUGAUCCUCAGCGAAACCAGGGUUCAAGAAGAAAUGUUGCCAGAGACUCAAAGGCUGACACCCAUGUCACCACUUAGCCCUGAACGACAUGAUAUAUUUCAGGAUCAGGAAGUUGAGCAAUUCGUGACCCGCCGAAAACGUAAAUUAAUGGAAGACGAAUUGACCGAACUACCUAAUAGUCAUAUUGCUAGCCAAAUCCGAGACAGGUCGGACAUCACAAUAGAGCCCACAUUUCUCCCAUCGUCACGUAAAUUGCUUCGGAUAGAGGAGAUACGCAGAAUGGGAGCAUCAUAUUAUCUCGACUUGGAUGCUCCACAUAACAUUGCACCAGAAUUUCAGCAUCUCUUUGCUCGAAAACGACAGCGCAUCACUCCGCCCCCCGAGGAACAAGUUGAAGCCGGUCCAUCUAAAAGUACCCCCCCGGCGGACCAAGAACAUUUCGAAAUCAAUAUCGGUAACGAUAACUUCGAUAUUCUGGAUACUACAGAAACGCAUAACAGUUCGAUCGCGGAUGAAGGAUCAACGCAGGACGUUGUAAUAACCGGGGAGGUUGAUCAAGAAGUUCCCGAAAAAGCAGACAGAGGAAAACAUUCUAAAAAAACCGACAAGGAAAAGAGUCAGGAGAAAAGUGUCAAAGAAAAAACUGCUCAAGAAGAUUUUCCUGUUCCGGAACAAGAACCGGUCACUCCAAGAGAACAAACGCCAGAACAUGUUAUCGAUAUCAACUUAGACACGAUAUCGCAUCAUGGAUAUGACGAUUCGGUGGAUGCGUUAACCCCCGCCGACGAUGAAGAUCAAUCAUCACCAUCCGGAAUAACAAUUUUUGAUCAGGAAGAAUCGCAAGAGCAGAAUGCGGAAACGACAUUCAGUAAAAAUACGAUCAAAGCAAUGCGUCUCCUCAGAAAUAGAUGCCGCGAUGAAGAUACCGAAGGACCGGGCGCCCUGAGAACGAAGAUCGUGAGCUAUGACUCGGUCGUUGGAACUGCCAAGCGACAAGAUGCUGUUAAGUUGUUCUUCGAGUUAUUGGUUUUAAACACUAAAGAUGUCAUUCACGUCCAACAAAAACAACCAUAUGGUGAUAUCGAAAUCUUGUGCAAGAACAAAUUAUUUGAUUUACUUGAAGACGUUCCAGCAUAG